UGGCGCACAAAUUGUAGACGGAAACCAGCGACAAUUUGUGUUUGAACUAUCCUUUACAGAAUCGCUGCGCUGGUACUUGGCAAUACGGAAGCGCGUACAUUGAAAGCCAACUCGACAAGCUCGAUGUGUUUUCAAGGGAGGAAAAGAAAAAGUGCAAUUAAACUUUGAGGCUGAAGUAAGCACGCAUUAGAAAACAAACAAAAAUAUAUAACAUGUCUCACUGGCGUGACCACGGCCCGCUGCCCUGCAAGGUCUACGUCGGCAACUUGGGCUCUGGAGCAGCGAAGCACGAGCUGGAGAGAGCGUUUGAAUACUACGGGCCCCUCAUCAAUGUCUGGGUGGCUCGGAACCCGCCUGGCUUCGCUUACGUGGAGUUCCAAGAUCCUCGGGAUGCAGAGGACGCUGUGAGAGGGCUGGAUGGACGGAAAGUUUGUGGGAGGCGUGUCCGAGUAGAGCUGGCAAAGGGGCGGCAGUCAGAUAGACGUUCCCGACGUGACGGCCCACCCCCGCCCACAAUCCGAUCCCGAUACAGCGGAGGAGGAAGAUAUGGUUCCCCAUCCCGCAGGGAUCGAUACAGUAGAUCAAGAAGUCGCAGCUUGGAAAAGAAACACCGCCGUUCCAGCCGCCGUUCGCGUUCCCGGUCCAGAGAUCGACGCUACAGGUCGCGGUCCCACGAGCGCAGGUCCCGCUCACACGAACGCCGGUCCCGCUCUCACGAACGCCGGUCGCGCUCCAGCUCCCGCGGUCGCAGAUCCCGCAGCAGUUCUAGAGACCGGAAGGAAAGAUCAAGAUCGCGGUCAAAGUCACGGUCAAAGUCACGGUCGCGAUCGCACUCCUCCAGCCAUGGCCGCAGCAAAUCGCGGUCGCCGGACCGCAGAAAGGACGAGGACCGAUCGGAUCAUGCGCGAGAACAAGUCGCUGACCGGCAAGACCAACGCAACGGCGACGAGAACAGGGAUUGUUGCAGCGCCGAGAAGGAGGUCGAUGCAUCAGAGGAUGUGCCAGUGGAGUAGCUCAAGUAGAGAGUGAUCCAUUAUUUUAUUAGGGGGUCGCAUGAGAAGGGGAAAGAGAGGGGAGGGUUUACAAUAAGAAAGUAGAUCCAGGAGCAUCCAUUCUGUCUGGUGGGGGUGUAAAUUGAGGGAGGGGAUAUCCAACAUCAAGACAUCCCAAAAUCAAAUUCCUUCAAAUUUUGCACUUGGAAAAUCCCCCAUUCUGAAAAAAAAAUCGCAUCUGCACAUUGAGAUGCAACCAUUUUCAUUUUGAGGGGGGAAAACAGAUUAAUGGGAAUCUGUAAUUGUUACAGUAACGAAAAAGUUAAACCACUUUUUUUUGUCUUGCCUCAAGAUUCAAAUGUUGAAUGGGACUGCACCUUUGUGCCUUUUUAGUUUUGAAAGAAUAAAUGUUCAGAAUUUGUA